AUGAGCACAGUACAUUUCGACUACAUAAUCGUGGGUGGAGGCCUCGCAGGCUCCGUCGUUGCAAAUCGACUAUAUAAUGCCAAUAAGUCAUUGAAUAUUCUUCUGGUCGAGGCCGGUGUUGACGCCUCUGACAACACUUUGAUCCCGUAUGCAAACAAUACAGCAUUUCUCAUCGGAUGUGAUUUGGACUGGGGAUAUGUCACGACGCCUCAGAAGAAUCUCGAGGGUCGCAAGAUUGGAAACCCGGCGGGGAAAUGCCUUGGUGGGGGAACCGCAAUCAACAACUGUGGAUGGAUCCGUGGUGAUCGUAGCGAUUAUGACAGGUGGGCUGAGAUUGUUGGGGACGAAAGCUACAGCUAUGAUUCUAUGCUGCCCUAUUUCAUCGCGACGGAGAAAUACACCGACGGAAGCCAAACGGAUAGGCAACAUGGAUCUGACGGUCCGCUGUAUGUCGCCUCGGUCUCUUCAACCGGUCGCCAGUAUCCACUGCGCGAGCCACUAGCACAGGCAUGGGACGAGAACCAUGUCCGCGCCCUACCAGGCUUGGAUGGAAACAGAGGUAAUCCUCAGGGCCGGGCAGAGCUUGUAGAGAAUCGCCGUGAUGGACUCCGUCAGUUGGCUAGCGCUGCCUAUCCACUUGAUGGUGUCCAUGUCAUGACCAACACACUCGUGAGGCGUAUUCUUAUAACCUCGGAAGAUAGUACACCGAAAGCCAUCGGAAUCGAAACAAUAAGCGGCGAGAAAUACUACGGCAGGGAGAUCAUCGCCUCUGCCGGAGCAUACCGCACUCCACAGCUUUUGAUGCUCUCUGGAAUCGGCCCAGGAGAGAUAUUGUCACAGCAUGACAUCUCGGCUGUGGUUGAUGCCCCAAACGUUGGACGAAACCUCUACGACCAUCUAGAGUUCGCACAGUACUGGAAGCUCAAAGACCCUUCAAAAGGGUAUGCCCUUGGGUCGGACAAUCCUCUCUUUGCCAAACCUGAAUUCGGACAGGGUGUGCCCGUAGACUGGAUUGUCACUACCAGCAUCCCCAAAGAUGGCUUGGUAGAGGCAAUUACAGCGGACGAAGGGAGUCCACCAUCAGCAGACCACCCUCUCCUGAAAGCCGAGCGAUCCUUCCUAGAGUACAUCGUGCUGUACGCGGCUGGCAGUCCUUCAGACCCGGUCGUACCCCUAGAUGGCACCCACAUAUGUAUGACCAUCGUUGGCCUAUUGCCGACUUCGAAAGGCCAUGUUACCAUCAGUUCUACAGACCUGACCGAUCCACCUGUAAUUGACCCCAAUUACCUGUCAACCGAGGUGGAUCGCUACGCCUGGCGCACGGGGCUGCGCACUGCCGCUCAGUUAUUUCUGGGGACCGAUUCAGGGAAGUCACUUAUCGAUCAGGAGACCCCACCAGAUGGAUUCGAGCCGAUUAGCCUGAACUCAAGUGAUGAGUACUUGGAUGCUAGAGUUCGGCAUGGAGCAUUUUCUACGUACCACCCUAUGGGAACAUGCUCAAUGGGUAAAGUUGUCGAUAACAGAUUCCAAGUGCAUGGAAUAUCCAACUUGCGGGUUGUCGACGCCAGCGUAAUUCCCACCCCAAUCGCGGGCCAUAUCCAGGCCGCAUUGUAUGCCAUGGCAGUGAAGGCGGCGGAUGUAAUCGCCAACAGGGCGUGA